AUGGCGCCGUAUAGAAUGUCUACUUCAGAGUUGAGUGAUCUGAAGAAGCAAUUGGAAGAGUUACUUGAGAAAAAGUAUGUUUAUGGAAUACAUGAAUAUGACUUACAUCCUUAUCUAUAUUUGUUUAUGGUUAUGUUCAUCGAUGAUAUUUUGAUAUAUUUUAAGUUUGAUGAAGAGCAUGUGAAGCAUAUGAGAGUUGUGUUGCAGACUUUGAAAGAAAAGAAGUUGUAUGUGAAGUUAUCAAAGUGUGAGUUCUGGUUGAAGGAUGUGAUUUUCCUUGGUCAUGUGAUAUCUAAUGGUGGCAUUGCAGUAGAUCCAUUAAAGAUAGAUGUUUUGUUGCAAUGGGAAACUCCAAAGUCUGUUACUGAAAUCAGAAGUUUUAUGCAUUUGACUGGUUAUUACAUGAGGUUUAUUGAAGGCUUUUCUAAGUUGACGUUGCCUUUAACUCACUUGACUCAUAAGGUUCAAGCUUAUGUUUGGGAUGUGCACUAUGAGGAGAGUUUUCAGGAACUCAAGAGGAAGUUGAUGUCUGCUCCAGUUUUGAUUAUCUCGAACCAGGUGAGUCCUUUUUUUGUGUAUUGUGAUGCUUUAAAGACGGGUCUAGGUGGUGUGUUAAUGCAGAAUAGUCAGGUUGUGGCUUAUGCUUCUAGGAAGUUAAAAUUUCAUCAGAGGAAUUAUCUUAAGCAUGACCUAGAGUUGGCAAUCGUGGUGUUUUUGUUAAAGAUUUGA